AUGUUCAUGCUCAUUCGCGAGGGCAAUGAUGGCGCUGGUGGCGGUGGGCCGGGAGCGAGAGGAGGAGGUGUGCCGGAGAAAUCUGCUAAACAGGUGCAAGCUGCCAUCAAAAGAAAGCUAGAGAAGCAGAAGAGGCGGGAGUCGAUUGGCACCGUGGGCGCCGAUGCGUUCCUAAACACCGCCCUGUCGGCCCGGGAGAGACGGCUCAACCAGGUGUUCGCACCCGCCAGACCGAGGGAAGACGAGGAAGAGGUCGCCGAGGAGGAGGAGGUGGAAGAGGAAUUUGAGGAAGAAGUGCUGACAGAGGGAGAGGAGGUGGAAGGAGAGGAGAUGAUGCAGGAAGAGGGAGCAGGGGACGUGCCUGAGGAGCAGGAGCAGGGGGAGAGCGGGGAGCACCUGGCGCCCAUCGUGGACUCCGUUUAUGGCCAGAUUAAGGAGGAUUACAGGCACUCAGGGCAGGUGGUAUCUAUAAACAAGGAACUGAGGGAGGCCUUUGCGGAGUUUGAUAAGAAGAACAGCGGCUAUGUGAAGUGUAGGGACCUGGGCGAGUGCAUGAGGACCAUGGGCUACAUGCCCACUGAGAUGGAGCUCAUCGAACUCAGCCAACAGAUCACUGGAGGCAAGAUUGACUUUGAUGACUUUGUUGAGCUGAUGGGCCCUAAGAUGCUUGCUGAGACAGCAGAUAUGAUCGGAGUCAAGGAGCUCAGAGAUGCCUUCAAAGAGUUCGACUCCAAUGGUGAUGGGAAGAUCAGCAUCACAGAGCUGAGAGAGGCCAUGAAGAAGUUGAUGGGAGAGACGCUGAACCCGCGCGAUAUUGAUGAAAUCCUACGAGACGGGGACCUGAAUGGAGAUGGACUCGUGGAUUUUGAGGAAUUUGUUCGGAUGAUGUCUCGUUGACUGUAUCAGUCUGUAUCAAUAUUAUUUUCCCUGUAUAACCAUCGCUGAUGGGACGUGUCUUAAUAAGUGGACAAGGAUUUUUUUUAUCCUCAACCUUUGGUCUCCGCAUCAGCACUUUACCAAACUGUUAUCCUGGAAGAACAAGGAAGGAGCGUGGACACUGAUAGUUCUUAAUUGCUUGCACAUUCUACUGUACAUGUAUAAAUAAAAUGCUGGUCAUAAGUGA